GACGCGAUCGCGGGUAGACGGUGACAGGUUGAAUUGGUCCUCGCGCACGAAAAAACCACGAGUCGCGUGUAUAGUGGUUACGAUAAAACGGCUGCCUCCGGUUAUGUUGGAGAGUAGUGCCUCUUUGGAUGUUAGAAGGACAACAAGUGUGAAAGUCACUUGUGUAAACAGUGUGACAAAAGAAAAGUGUUUACCUUGGUGGAGAAAUUAUUUGUGCUUUGAUGAAUGCCAAAUUGAUUUGAUAAUUGAUGUUAUCGCAGCAGAAGAAUUAUAAGUUUCAAUUGAAUUGAUGCUGUGGCCGAUGCUGAGUAUAUACAGUUAGUGCAGCUGUAUCGUGCAGCAUUCUCAAGUUUCUAUAUACCUUGUGAUUCGAAGUUAACGACUGAAUUGGUGCAUAAGGAGAAUAAUCAACACGUGAUAGUUGUUCGAAAGCAGUGUUUGACUAGAAUAAUCAAAAAUAACUACAAUUCAUAAUCAUAAUGCAAGUGAUCUGAGCCGACGCCAGGAGAUUUAAUCUCAUUCUGUAACUAGUCUUGGAUAGAUCGAUUUCAACGAUGGGAAAGUCCGUGUACACUAUCAACCCGAACAGUCCCAGUGUGAACGGAAGCAUGGAGCUCACGAAUGGAAAGUUAGAAAUCUCAAAUGGCGAUCAGAAACCGGAGGCGGGAAAAUUCCGCACGAUUCUGCCACAGAUUCUGGCAAGCACGGCGAAGAAUUUCCUGCUGCUAGAUUUGGGGAUGGCGGUGGCUUUCCCAACGAUAGUCAUUCCAGCGUUGCGGGGCUUAAAAAAUCGAGCCGAGGAUGAGUUUCUGUACUUCACACCGGUGCAGGCAUCGUGGUUUGGAAGUGUAGCAUACAUUUGCCAACCAAUUGGCAGCGUAUUGUCUGGUAUUGUACUUGAACCUCUGGGCCGGAAGCGUUCCAUGAUCUUGGUAAAUAUUCCUCACAUCAUCGGAUGGUUUAUGCUUCACUUUGCCGGUUCACUGGAGGAGAUGUACAUUGCGGCCGUGCUGUUGGGCUUGGGAGUUGGGUUCAUGGAGGCGCCAAUCGUUACUUAUGUUGGUGAAAUAUGCCAACCAUCUAUCCGAGGGAUACUCACGUCCUGCGCUGGUGUAGCAGUGAUGUUGGGCUUCUUCGUGGUUUACCUGCUGGGAACGGUUACCACGUGGCGAAUGACUGCAGCCAUAUGUGCCUCGAUUCCGCUUGCGACUAUGAUUGCAAUUUGCUUUGUGCCGGAGACACCCAUGUGGCUGCUGUCGAAGGAUCGCAAGGAAGAUGCCCGUAAAUCCCUGCAAUGGCUGAGAGGCUGGGUUUCGCCGCAUGCUGUCGAGAAAGAGUUCCAGGAAAUGCAACGCUAUAGCAUAAAUGCGGCCAAAUGUACGCCAUGCCAGAAGACACAAAGCGCCAAGUGCGACCAUCCGGCGCCGACAGAGUGGAUGAAAUUGCAGGAACUGACACGAAAACGCAAUCUGAAGCCGUUCGUUCUGGUCAUGCUGUUGUUCGUGUUCGGUCAGCUGAGCGGAAUGACAGGAAUGCGACCGUAUUUGGUUCAAAUAUUCCAGGCAUACGGUGUGCCAUUGGACGCAAAUUGGGCUACGGUAUCCACGGGCCUGUUGGGACUACUGGCCAACAUCGUUUGCAUGAUUUGCAUCAAGUUCGUAGGGAAGCGAAAAUUAGCCUUAUUUUCGAUGACGCUAACGGCUAUAUGCUGCCUCUCACUGUCCAUAUAUGCGUUCAAUGUUUUCCCCGCUGGGUGGACUUCUUUCGAUGUACACGAGAACAUUAACACGGCCGAUGGAUUGAGUUACAUACCCAUGUUUCUGUUUUUUAUAUUAGCUUUCGCCACAAGCGUCGGAGUACUGCCCGUGCCUUGGAUUUUACUCAGUGAGGUUUUCCCGUUCAAAAAUCGUAGUUUGGCUUGUGGAAUUACGGCUGCUCUAAAUUAUGCUAUGACAUUUGUUACGACCAAAACUUAUUUCAAUAUGGAAACCUCAUUUUCUCUGCCGGGAGUGAUACUGUUCUACGGAAUUUGCGGAAGUAUUGGGGUUCUGUUUAUUUAUUUCUUUCUACCAGAAACAGAAAAAAGAACACUAGAAGACAUCGAAAUUUAUUUCACGGACACCAAACGUAAAUUGACAGACAUACAUAUCAAACGGAAUCAGCAGGACUCGGGGAAGGAUGCUGAUAUUUCGGAGAAGAAAGGCGUUACAAAUGCAGCAUAUACUGAUAGUGAAAAAUAAAAAUGAUUUCCUUAGAAAAUAGUUUGAUAAUUUAUUGCCAUAUUGAAUUAUGUGAU